AUGGGCCUCAAAUCCCUUAUCAGUUAUGGUUUCCUUAUCUUGCCAGCAGCGGUAACCAUCGGCGUACUCUUGGGACUGCAAACAUACCGAGAAUCCCAAGGGUUGUCCGGACCUUUCACGAGCAACAAAGUCGAGACCAACACAUAUUGCCAAUUGGCCUUUGGUAUCACACCCGCCACUGGUGGCCAGCAAUACACCUUGAAUCCCAAUCAAUGGGGUGUUACUGAGGAUACUACAGGUAGUGCACUGUGUAUGAAUGUAACCACGAAUGCCAAUGGUUCCUACCCAACGAAUAUUACCGCCCCAGCUUGGUCCAUCACCUGGCAAUAUCCUCAAGGAUCCGAUGAUCAACCUGUCCACGCUUUCCCCAACAUUCAGAUUGACCGUAGCGAUAUCUUUCCCAUUGAGAUCAACAGUGUAAGCGCCGUCAACUUCGCAGCUGAAUGGGCCUACGGCGCUGGUGAAACACUACCAACUACUACCGAUGUUACUGCAUUGACAGCUGCAGGCCUCAAUGCCAAUGUUGCAAUCGAUAUGUUUAUCGACUCGGAUCCAAAUGCCGCCACCAGCACUGUUGACGCCAAGUACGAAGUCAUGAUCUGGUUGGCAGACUUCGGUGCCGCAACUCAACCUAUUGGUCUUGCCGAUGGAGCAGUAAAAACCGCAGACAUCAAUGGUACAACGUUCUCCCUCUACUACGGCACGAACUCGCUGUCACAGAAAGUCUUGACCUGGGUCGCAACCGGCACCGUCCAAAACAUCGACACGGACUUUGGGCCAUUGCUACAAGGAUUGACAGGUAUCGGAGGACCUGCAACGAGUGACUACUUGGGCUACAUGGCGUUCGGUUCCGAAACGCUUUAUUCUUCGACGAAUGUCACGCUCUACGUUCCCUCACUCAGCAUGGAAGUCGUGCCAAAAUGA